AUGACUGUCACUUACUCCAGUAAAGUAGCAAAUGCGACUUUUUUUGGAUUUCAUAGGUUACUCCUCAAGUGGAGAGGCAGCAUCUACAAACUACUGUACAGGGAAUUUAUUGUUUUUGCUGUUCUUUACACAGCGAUAAGUGUGGUGUACAGAUUGUUACUUACAGGAACCCAAAAACAUUACUUUGAAAAAUUAUCAAUUUACUGUGACAGAUAUGCUGAACAAAUUCCAGUAACCUUUGUGCUUGGGUUUUAUGUUACGCUGGUAGUGAACCGAUGGUGGAACCAGUUUGUGAAUCUGCCCUGGCCAGACAGGCUGAUGUUCCUCAUUUCCAGCAGUGUUCACGGAAGCGACGAGUAUGGGCGCCUGCUCAGAAGGACACUGAUGCGCUAUGUAAAUCUCAUGUCCCUGCUCAUCUUCCGCUCGGUGAGCACAGCUGUGUACAAAAGGUUUCCAACAAUGGACCAUGUGGUUGAAGCAGGUUUUAUGACAGCAGAUGAAAGAAAAUUAUUCGACCGCCUCAAAUCUCCUCAUCUGAAAUACUGGGUUCCGUUCAUAUGGUUCGGAAAUCUUGCAGCUAAAGCCCGGAAUGAAGGUAGAAUCAGAGACAGUGUUGAUCUGCAAUCACUGAUGACUGAAAUGAAUCGGUAUCGUUCUUGGUGCAGCCUCUUAUUCGGUUAUGACUGGGUUGGGAUUCCGCUGGUUUAUACCCAGGUGGUCACCCUUGCUGUCUACACCUUCUUCUUUGCGUGCCUGAUUGGACGCCAGUUUUUGGACCCCACCAAGGGCUACGCAGGGCAUGAUUUAGAUCUUUACAUUCCAAUCUUUACUCUCCUACAGUUCUUCUUCUAUGCAGGAUGGCUCAAGGUAGCUGAGCAGCUUAUCAACCCUUUUGGAGAAGAUGAUGAUGAUUUUGAAACUAACUGGUGCAUUGAUAGAAAUUUGCAGGUCUCUCUUUUAGCUGUGGAUGAAAUGCACAUGAGCUUACCCAAGAUGAAGAAGGAUAUUUACUGGGACGAUUCUGCUGCUCGACCACCCUACACACUGGCAGCUGCUGACUAUUGCAUACCCUCAUUUCUGGGGUCAACAGUUCAAAUGGGGCUAUCUGGGUCCAACCUUCCUGGAGAGGAGUGGCUGUGGAAUUUUGAGAAGCAAGGCCAUCGACAUUCCGUAAUAAGAAGAAUGAAGCGGUUCUUGAGCGCCCACGAACACCCAUCCAGCCCCAGGAGGGGAACCUACGGGAGGCAGGCCAGUGACAGCUCCGCGUUCUUCCCCCCAGGCGACCUCAGCCCAGCUAGGGAUCUGCUGGAUGUGCCAAGAAACCCCCACCGUGCCUCACCCACCUGGAAACAGUCCUACUCUCUGGAGGGGAGCCCCAAGCUGCAGUCCAGCAUGGGGGACCUGUCCACAAUCCGGGAAACCAGCCGGACAAGCACUUUACAGAGCCUGACCCCACAGUCCAGUGUGAAGGCCUCUCCCACCAAAAUGCCACAGGUUCCCGAGGUAUUGGUUACGGCGGCUGAAGUGCCAAGGUCCAAUUCGGUUGACCACCACCGCGACUCUCUUGACUCCCUCUUGAACUAUGAGUUUACCGGGGUUCAGCCAAGCAGGACUGAGCAGCAGGAGGACACCACGGGCUUGGAAAAGGGAACACCUCCUAGGGGCCCCAGUCCCCAGAGUCUUUCAGCCAAAGCUGGGGGAAGCACGCUCAUGCUUGCUUUUGAGGAAGACCGUGAUGAUAAUGGCAGCACCUCAAAAAAGUGGAGCCUCCCGGGGUUCCUGGAGUCCAGCCACGCUAACCUGACAAGCCUAAACCCAGAUCCCAUCAUCUCUGAGCCUGUUCUUUUACUUGAUACAGAAACAUCCUCAGAGACGAGUGGAAUCAACAUUGUGGCUGGCUCUCAAGUCUCUCCUGAUAUGCUGUAUUUAAUGGAAAAUUUGGACACCAAGGAAACAGAUAUCAUAGAGUUUAACAACAAGCAAACUGAGAAAUCACCUAAAGGAAUGCCGGAAAGUUCUAGGACCUGGUUCUAG